CCCUGCACAUAGUAGCACUCAAUUAUUCGACACAGGCGCCUUUCCGUCUUCGACAUUCACUCCACCUAAUUUUUCUUCCAUCACCACCUUAUUCUUCCCUUUCUUUACAAUCCAGAUAAGCCGCCCCCCAUGGCUGGUCCUCGCGCACCCAUCGGAACCCUUUCUCAGCACGCCGCGAACGCCGCUGCCCUCGCACGCAACACCUCCACCAACGUCUUCUCCCAGCAAAAAUCACAACUCAAGUCCAAGAAGGGCAAGCAAGAAGAGAGCGACAGCGAUUCAGACAGUUCCUCCAGCGACGACAGCAGUAGCGAUAGCGAUAGCGACGCCCCAGCAAAGACCGAACCCAGCGCCAACUGGGCCAGCAACCUGAAGAAGACGAACAUGGCGCAAACGAAAGCCACCAAGGCCGCUUCGCCUGUGCCCAAGGCGGCCGCGAAGGCCAAGCCAGAGCCCGUCAAGGCCAAGCCAGUAGCUACCAAGAAGAAGGAGGAAUCCUCGUCCUCGUCCGAAUCCGAGUCUGAAUCUGAGUCCGCGUCCGAGUCCGAGUCCGAGUCGGAGGUCGAGGAGAAGAAGCCUGUCAAGAAGGCGGAAGAGAAGAAGCCCGCGGCGCCAGCGGUCAAGAAGGUGGCCAAGAAGGACGAGAGCAGCAGCGAGUCUAGCAGCGAAGAGGAGACUGAAAGCGGGUCGGAAGAGAGCAGCGACGACGAGGAGGAGGAGAAGACCAAGCCUGCGCCCAAGGCUACGCCAAAGACUGCGCCCGCGAAGACAAAGCAGACCGCUAAGCAGCCCACACCCUCAUCAGAGGAGGAAUCAGGCUCUGAGGACAGCGAGAGCGAUGAGGAGCCAGCACCAAAAGCCAACACUAGCGCCAAGCUUGCGAAGCCCGCCAGCAAGACACCCGAGGCUACCAAGGCCAAGCCAGUGGUCAAUGGUAGCUCAAAGUCGAACGAGACCGUGAGCAAGUCCGACGACGAGUCAUCUGAGGAGGAGGAGUCGGGUUCCGAGGAAGAGUCCUCUGACGAGGAGAUGGCCGAUGCUCCCCAGCCCAAGGCCGCCCCCAAGAAGACAUCUGGUCCCCAAUUGCCCCAGGUUAUCGCGCCCAACUUCCACAUGCGCAAGGCCGAUGCGAACGCCGACGCCAAGGACGUCGCACGAACAUUCCAAAAGGCCCAAAGCGAGGGCAAGCAGAUCUGGUACUUCACCGCCCCAGCCUCGAUCCCCAUCGAAGUGAUCCAGGAGCACGCGCUCCCGCUCAGCAAGAUCCAGUCCGGCGAGCCGAUCAUCACCCACAACGGCGCCGAGUACAACGCCACCCUGGAGGAGGGAACCACCCUGCACUCCAUCCAGGUCCUCCUCCCCACCGAGUCCGGCGACAAGUACGAGCUCAUGAAGCAGCCCAUCGCCCAGGCGCUGCACAUCAAGCGCGUCACCCGCCUCAACCCCGCGGCCGCCGCCACCGCUGCCGUCUCCGCUCCCGCGACCGGCAUCGUCCCCAGGCCCCAGCCUGCCGGUCUCAAGGCCCGGUUCCACCCCAUCGGCGCCUCUCCCGCUGCUCCCAUGGGCAAGCUCGGAGUUGACGCCGUCGGUGAAGCCGCUGAUUCUGACGCCGACAUGGCCGAGGCUGCCCCUGCCGCCAAGUCGUCCUCCAAGAAGCGCAAGAACGAGACUGCUGCUUCCGAGGACGCUCCCAGCAAGAAGACAAAGAAGACCAAGGAACCCAAGGAGGCCAAGGAGACUAAGACCUCCAAGAAGGCCAAGUCCGAGACGCCCAUUGCUCCUCCUGCUGUUCCCUCCGCUGCGGCGAAGAAGACGGUCACCCCCAAGAAGAUCACGCCUAUCUUGCCUCCUUCUAUUCCCAAGCCGAAGAGCUCUUAGAGGGUGGAUUCUUCGAGUCGAGUCCAGUCCGCUGCUAAUUGCCACUGCGCAGCGGUGGGAAGGAAGGUGUUUUGUCGUUGGUGUGGUAACCGCGUGGUGAACUCUUCUUCCGGGUGCAAGAAAGGCCGUGCCCUCAUGGCAGCGAAGGUGUAAUCGCUGUUGGAUUUUACCUACCUGGUUACCCUGGCACUUACC